AUGUCAAAUAGUUCCGGUUCAUCAUCAACAAAUCCAUUUCUUUUACCUAAAAAUGAUUUAACUAUGGCUGAUAGUCAAUUAAUUGAUGUACUUUUACAUGGUCAAAAUAAUGAUAAUAAAAUUCAAAUUUUUAAUCGAUGGUGUAAAAAUUCACGGCAUAAUCGUUUAUUAAAUAUAGUUGAUGUUUCACAAAGACAUGAUAUUUUAUUAUCAUUUGUAAAUACUCUUCAACAAACAACAAAUACUGAAUAUCAAUAUAAUUGUUUAAAAUUUUUAUCUGAACUUCAAGCAAAUAUUCAUCAUUAUGAUCAACGAAUGUAUCUUCCAGCAAUUAUACAAUGUUUUUCAUCGACAUCUAAUGAUGUACAAAUAUUAACAUCACAAUUUUUAAUUAAACAAAUUAAUACAACAGAUGAUAUUCCAACAUUUUUACAUAUAUAUACACAAGAUGGUUUAAAAUCUCCAAAUAUCCGAAUAUGUAUUAAAUCUAUUGAAACAUUAAAUGAUUUAUUAACUAAAAGUCAUUAUCAUGAAAAUUUAUCAUCAAUAUUUGAAAUACUUCUUCAAUAUUUCCAAGAUAAUAAAUUUCGUUCAAAUUAUAAUAAUAUUCUUAUACGAGCAAUUCAACAUAUGAAACGUAUAUUAGGUUUAGAUUUAUUAAAUACUUAUCUUGAAUCAUAUUCACCAUCAUUAAAACGACUCUAUAAUACAUAUGUACCUGAAGAAAUUAAUAAUGAUGAAGAAACACCGAGAGCAACAGUACAAGUAUCUCAUAUUAAAGAUUCUAAAGGAACAAAUGGUUUUCGUCCAAAUGCUAAUAAUCAUUCUGACAAGAUACUCUCUACGCAAACACCCGCAUUAUCUGUUCAAAGAGAAAAUUCUGAUUUGCAUUCUCUAAUUGAAAUUAUACGUUCAAAAUGGAUAUCAUCAAAUGAACCAGAUCGUAUUAAUUAUUUAGAACGUUUUCAAAUUUCAUAUGAUAAAUAUUUUCAAACAAUUUGUUCACAAUAUCCUUCAACAUCAGUUACAAUUAAUUCACAAUUUUAUCAAGUAUUACAUACAUUUUUAGCAUCUAUACUUGAUCUUUUAUCUUACAUAACAUCAACUAAUCUUGAUUUAUCAAUUAAAAUCAAACUUGUUUUAUCAACAUGUCUUGCAUGGCUUAUUAAACAUGCACAAGAAAAUUAUUGUAAAAAAAAUUAUAAAACAAUAUGUAUAAUUUUUAAAAAUAUUCUUUUUAAUGGACAAUCAAAUAAUCGACAAUUAGCAAAAUUCAGUGUUAGUAUUAUACUUUUACUUGAAAAUUUUGUUCAUCCACAAUCAAUUCUUAAUGAAUUAGUUGAUGAUCAUUUUCAAUAUUAUAAUUAUCGUAUACAACUUGAAUUACUUGCUAUUGUAACAGCAACAUUUUUAAAACAUCGCCAACAUAAUUAUGAUAAUACAUCAAAUUUAAAUAAACAUUUACUUCCAAUGUUAAUAUCAAAUCGUCGAGAAUUACGACAUGGAGCUAUGGAAUGUUUUACAGUUAUAUGUACUUAUUUUAAUACUUAUAAACCAUUAACAUCAAUUAUAAUUGAAAAAAAUCAAUCAAUUAAAUUAGUUUUAUCAUUAAUUGAAAAUUUAUCAUCUGAUGCAUUAAAUGCAUUUCGUUUUCGUUUACAACGUAAUUUACUUCCAUCAUUAACUGAUGAAGGAAAUAUUACACCCGGCUUAGUAUGUGAUUCAACAACAAUGAAUGAUCCUGAUGCUAAAUUUAUUUUACUUGUUAAUAAUAAUAAUAAUAACUCAACUCAACCAGUACAAUCUACAACUAGCCAUGAAACAAUAUCAGUACAAUCUCCAUCAUCAAAAAUCCCGGCUAAUAAUAAUAAAUUACUUCAAUUAGCAAUGCCUCUUGUUGAGAAAAAGACAAAUACAAAUGAUACAGUCAUGCGAAGUCGUGAAAUACCUCCAUUGAAGCCACCCAAUGUUGAUCUUGAUUCACAUCGAUAUACCAAUAAUAAUCAUUCGCAUGAAACAGCCGUUAAUCCAACAGUUAUUACAACUGUGACAACCGGUGGGCCACCGUUUGAUUUUACUAUAACUGGUAAUAAUAAUUAUCGUCCAUUGACAUUAACAGAAAGAGUAUUUGGGGAUGAUUGGGCAAAAAAGUUAUCAACAGCAAAUAGUCAUCGAAAGGAAUCAACAAACACAGUUCAACAACAAGAAAAUCAACAUAAUAAUAAUUUAUUACAAUUUCGUCCUGCAAUACCACAUCGUCCAACUAUUGGUCGAUUUCCUGCAUCCCAUAAUAUCUUAGUCACAUCACAAAUUCAUAAUCAUAAUGAACAAAAAUUACCUGCACGUCAUUUUGAUUCGAAUACUGAUCAUGAUGAAGGUAUUGUCGAUAGUGCAAUAGAUUCAAGUUCUUUAUCAAAUAAUAUAAUAAACGAAAGAAUAUUUGAGAACAAUGGUCAACAAACGAAAAAACCUAUUCGAUCAGUACAUAGUAGUUCAACAAGGCGUAAAGUUAAUCGUUUAUUUAAUAAUGGUAGUGAUUUAGAAUCAACAUCAGCACGAAUUUUAACACCAGAAAAUAGCAACGAAAGUGGAGUUUAUUCACAAUCAGGACGUGAUACUGAAUAUAAUUCUAACAGUUCUACAAAAUCAUUUGGUAAAGAUCCAUUGUUUUCUACUAAACCACGUCUUGCUCGUUCUGGUUCAAAACCUAAACUUGAUAAAUCACAAGUAUUACCUUCUGAUCCAUUAUCAGGACAACAUUCAUUCAAUGAAAAAACUCGUCGAUCGAAUAAUUCCAAUGUUGAAGUAGUUGGUCGAGCUUAUACCGACGAAAAAAAUUCAACGAGAAAAUUAUCUAAUGAAACUAUUGAUGAAAAACAACAACCAAUUGUAAAUAAACCUCGAGCAAAAAUAAUUAAAGGUAAUCAGAUAUUCUAUUUUGUUAAUCCUUCAAAUACAACAACACAAGCAAACAUUAACAUGGACGAUGGAUCAUCUAAUCAUGAUGAUGGUCAAGAUAUUGGAGUUAUUGGAAAAGCUGUUCCUAUGCCAUUACGUACCAACGCUGAAACGGAUAUAAUUCGAGUGCAAAAUAAUAAUACAAUCAAUAAUAAAUUGAAUAAACAAAGUGAUAAUCUCGAUACAUUGUCCGAUGAAUUCGAUAGUGACUCAAAAGAAAACGACAAUGUAAGUUUGUUUACAAUAAAUGAAAAUGUAGAAUAA